GUUGCAGCCGUGUUAUCGACGACGUUUACGGUGAUCAACAACUGCGGGUACGACGUUUGGCCCGGCGUCCUCGCCAACGCCGGCUCCUCCGCCCUCGACUCCACAGGCUUCGCGCUGGCGCCCGGUGAGUCCCGCGCCCUCUUCGCCCCUCUCCCCUGGUCCGGCCGCCUCUGGGCCCGCACCCUGUGUUCUGCUGACUCCUCCUCCGGCCGGUUCGUCUGCGCCACCGGCGACUGCGGCAGCGGCGCUGUUGCCUGCGGCGGAGCCGGAGCGGUGCCCCCCGCCACCCUCGCCGAGUUCACUCUCGGAGGCGCGGGCACCACCGACUUCUACGACGUCAGCCUCGUCGACGGCUUCAACCUGCCAGUGCUCGUCGCCCCUCUGGGCGGCGCCGGCGCGGGGUGCGCCGCCACCUGGUGCGCGGCGGACGUGAACGCGGUCUGCCCGCCGGAGCUGAGGGUGGCGGCUGCCGGGAGCGCGGCGGUGGCGUGCAAGAGCGCGUGCGGGGCGUUCGGGACGGCGAGGUAUUGCUGCAGCGAGGAGUUCGGCAGCCCGGCGGCGUGCGGGCCGACACCGUACUCCGAACUGUUCAAGACCGCAUGCCCGAGAGCAUACAGCUACGCGUACGACGACGCGUCGUCCACUUUCACUUGCCCCACCGCCGCCGUUCCCGGAGGCGGCUACGCCGUCACCUUCUGCCCCGAAACCACCAGUUUAGAACCCAAAGGCGGCGAUCGGAAUCCGGAGGCGACCGGGUUGCCGUCGGCGAACGGCACAAUGGUGUUCUUCGGAUCAGCGAAUUCGGCCGCCGGCGACGUUCCCUACCUUCAUCAAUUUGGGGGAGUAUUUGCAUUGCCGAAGAGACGAUCUCCGCUGAUACCAUCUUCGGUGUCACUCGUGCUAGUUGCACGAAGCAUGGGUGUUUCUGAUGCUAGCGGUGUCGAUCCCCUGACUAACAGAUGA